CGCACUUUGUUUUGGGUGGCAGUGUGUCGCUGAGAACCGUGAUGGGGCGACGGGUCUCUACGCAAUCAUGAAAUAAUGGAUUCCCUCGUCGAAGUAGCGUCUUUACUGCAGUACCAUCUGUACCAGUGUAUGAUAGAAUAUCCUGUUGCUUUUCCUCUAGUAUCAUGUGCUCUCUUAGCACUUCUUGUGUUGGUGGUAUGCCGCCUGCGCACCUCCUCCCCAAAAGCCAUUACAGAUGAAAUUAAGCGAGAAUUAAAGAGCAAAGUUGACGAUGUCAAAGACUUUGUCGGUGUCGGAACCAGACCUAGGUUCCGGAAACGUGACAAAAUCUAUUUCUAUGGGCGGAAGAUGCUUCGCAAGGUCAAGGCCAACAUUCCAACGAGGCCUGUGUCAUCUCGCUACUUGGCCCGGGGCUUUUCAAGGCAGUUUCCCCGGCCGUGGCGAGAGGGACUGCCACAGCGGAGGUAUUUAGCCCCAAACCGGAGUACCUCAGGAAAACUGACCCUUGACCCAGUGUACCCGGGGGAGUUUGUUUUUGCGAAGAACAUCAGGGUCUUUGGCCACUUUGACAUGCCGUUAUUUUUGGAGUUAUGCAAGAGUGUCCAGACAAUUCAUUUGUAUAAAGGACAGCCACUCUUCAGUGUUGGUCAGACAGAUGAAAAUAUUUAUAUAGUGCAGACUGGACGUUUGAGUGUGUACGUGUGUGAGCCAGAUGGCACUACCACCUUUACGCUGAAAGAGGUCUUACCUGGAGAGUCUAUCAUCUCACUGCUGUCUUUCUGUGAUGUCUUGACUGGCCAUCCACAGCCGUACAAAACUGUCGAAGCCAAAGCAGAGGAAGACUCCAUUGUUAUGAAAUUUCCUGUAAAAGUCUUUGAGGAGACAUUCCGCAAACACCCUGACAUGUUUGUACGUGUUAUUCAGAUCAUCAUGGUCAGGCUGAUGCGUGUGACCUUCAUGGCACUUCAUCAGUACCUUGGGCUUUCAGCAGAGCUUAUAAAUAAGGUGCCUAGAAGAGGGAGUACUGGCAAUAUUGUUCCUUCUUUAGCAUCUCCCAACAAGGUAAAAAGGGACAGUUUAUCAACCCCUGAUGGUGAUGGGGAUGACGACGGGGAACACCAGGGUCCAGAGACACCCGUGAGGCAAGGCAGCCAGCGGAAAAUUGUCCUUGUUGAUCCAAAGGAUGAACAAGAUGAUGCUCACACCUUGAAACUGGCCACGGAAAAAUUCCAGGGACUCUUACACCUAGAGUCUGAUGAGAUCCUACAGGGGGCUGUUCAGGUGAGAGAUGUGCCAGCAGGGUCCUUCCUCAUGAAGCAGGAUUCAAUGCAAGAAGCAGCUCUGGUGUACAUUCUCAUGGGCACGCUGACAGUGUCCCAACAUGCUCCUGACACACCUGAUGAUGUUCUUCUGUUCACCGCACACCCUGGGGACCUCGUGGGAGGUUUAGCUGUGCUUUCGGGCGAUCCAUCUUUCUUCACAGUAAAGGCAAAACAUUCAGCUCGAGUAGCAUCUAUCAGCAAAGAAACAUUUUAUGCUAUCAUCAAGAAAACACCAGAGGUUGUAUUGCAUGUUGCCAACACUGUCCUGCGUCGCAUGUCACCUUUCGUGAGACAGAUUGAUUUUGCCCUUGACUGGGAACACCUAGAGGCUGGCCGAGCUCUCUACAAACAAGGCCAGAGAACAGAUGCAACCUUUAUUGUUUUAAGUGGUCGGCUACGAUCUGUUAUCACUUUGAAAGAUGGCAGGAAGGAAGUCGUUGCUGAGUAUGGCAAGGGUGAUCUUGUCGGAAUUGUAGAGCUAUUAACGCAGACAGACCGUAGUACUACUGUUAUGGCUGUGCGAGAUUCAGAAUUGGCAAAACUGCCUGAAGGUCUUUUUAAUAUUAUCAAGCUGAAACACCCUGUUGUGAUGACUAGGUUGAUAAAGCUGCUAGGGCAAAGACUUCUUGGCUCAUGGAAAUCGACGUCUACCUCCCCUGCACCACUGGGGCUCAACAUUGAACAGCGACCUUCCCAAAGCAAUUAUUCAACUGUGGCCAUAGUUCCUGUUUCAGAAGAUGUACCUCUUUCUCAGUUCACUCUAGAAUUGUAUCAUUCUCUCCUCUCCAUUGGUCCUGCAGUUCGACUGACCUCUGAAUAUGUGGUGCGUUCAAUGGGUACAAGUAUAUGGGAAUCAGCAAAUGAAUAUCAACUCAUAUCAUGGCUGGGGCACAUUGAGGACCAACAUCGAGUGACUUUGUAUCAGUGUGAUUCAUCCCUGACUGUUUGGACUCAGCGCUGUAUUCGUCAGGCAGAUGUGAUACUUACAGUAGGGUUAGCGGAGAGUGAGCCUCAAAUGGGCAAGAUUGAAAAGCAUGUUGAGAAAAUGGCAGUGAGGACUCAAAAGGUGCUAAUUCUCCUUCACCGUGAGGAAGGACCCCCUCCCUCAGGCACAGUGCGAUGGCUCAAUAUGCGGUCUUGGUGUCAGUCACAUCAUCACAUUCGAGCACCAAAGAGAAUGUUUCACAAGAGACCACCUUCUAAAAUUGUUGAAUACUACACUGACAAGGUGUUUGGAACCAAGCCAAAUGUACACAGCGACUUCUCUCGCUUAGCAAGACUUUUAACUGGCACAAGUGUUGGGCUCGUGUUAGGUGGAGGAGGAGCAAGAGGUGCAGCUCAUAUUGGCAUGAUCAAAGCAAUCAAGGAAGUUGGUAUUCCAAUUGACAUGGUGGCUGGUGUGAGCAUUGGAGCUUUUGUGGGUGCCCUUUACAGUCUAGAGAAAGACAUUACAAGAGUUACACAGAAAGCUAGAGAAUGGAGCAUGAAAAUGACUAGCAUAUGGCGCAUGGCCCUAGACCUCACCUACCCAGAGGUGUCCAUGUUCUCUGGUGCUGGCUUCAACAAACUGCUUCAUGAUGCCUUGGGUGACACCAACAUAGAGGACCUGUGGCUACCCUACUUUACUCUCACCACCGACAUCACGGACUCCGUAGCGCGCAUCCACACUCACGGAGUUCUCUGGCGUUAUGUGCGGGCUUCCAUGACCAUAGCUAUGCUGUUACCACCAAUGCCUGACCCACUUGAUGGACAUUUACUGGUUGAUGGGUGCUACAUCAAUAAUGUUCCAGGAGACGUAAUGCGAAACAAGUGGAGCGUGGGCAGCAUCCUAGCCAUCGAUGUAGGUUGUCAGUACGAGACGCAGUUCACCAAUUACGGUGACUGUUUGUCUGGGUGGAGUGUGCUCAUAAGAAGGGUCUUCCCAUUCAAGUAUUUCUUCAGAAAAGAGCUCAAGGUAAUAACCAUUUACAUGACCCAAUGAUUGUCAUAUGUGUCUUGUACACGGCAGCUGGAAGACUUGAAAUCUAGCGACUACUGCGAAUACAUUCGUCCACCCAUCGACAAAUACCAGACACUGCAGUUUGGUUCUUUUGAUGAAAUUAAGGAAGUAGGCUAUCAACAUGGCAAGACGUACUUCAGUGGAAUGCUCAAAGGAGGCCGCACAGUGGAAAGUGUCUAUCAUUUGAGUAACACUUGUGCAGAUCAUCGUAAGGGACAAAAGAUCAGCCUCGAUGCAUCGCCCACCAACUUUACUGAUUUAGCUCAGAUUGUCUGCUCUGUUAAGAAACCCACAGCCAACACAGUUCUGGAGGAUUCCUCAACAGAAUAUGAUGAAGAUGAUGUUGGUGGGGGUUAUGCUUCGGAACCCAACACAAAUACAGAAUUUUUCCAUAAGGUUUCUGAUGAAUUACGGAGACGCAGAACAGGCUCCCUUUCAGACAACGAUAUGAUCGAGUUGAACCAUGCCAUGAGUUAUGAUGCAGGAGAGGAAGAGAAUGACGAUGAAGAGGAGGAGAAUGAUGAUGAUGAUGACAAUGAUGAUGAUGAUGAGGAAUAGAUAGAAACAAGGGAUUGAAAGAAUCUUUAAUCCUGCUUCACAGAAUGAAAUCAUGAGUGCCAUUCUUGUUUGUAUGUUUAAGGAGUCCAUUCAUUUUAGACUUUCUUCUUCCAUAUCUGAACAUUGUAUUUUGAAGUCUGUGGACCUGAAGAGAAUGCAUUUAUUUGAUAAUGAGCACAAAUGAUUCAGCUUUUCCUCUGGCUUGUUAAUGGAAUAGCAUUGGUCUUUUGCUCAGAAGGGAAAGCGAGAUGGUUGAAAUUGGGACUAAAAGACAGGCUUCCUAAAAGGCUACUUACUAACAACUGCUUGCUCAAUUUGCUUCAAGAAUCAGCAGGGAAUUAGCAUGAACAUGGCUAUGAAUCAUUUCUCUUGAAACAACUCAAGUACUUUAGACUUGUAAUGGGACAGCACAGUAACUAGUUUUGUGUUUGGUUAUUUGUUCAUUAUCUUUAGUUCAUUCUCAGAAUAUCAAGUGAAAAAGGUAUAUGUAGGGUGAAAUCGAGUUGUGAGAACAUCAUCUUUAUACCUCAAUGACUCAACGACUUACCUCUGUCAUACAAUGCAAUUUUAGUUAGGCAUGAUUUUAACUUUUUUUUUUUUUUCCUUUUAUUUAUAAUAAUAAAUUGUAAUUAAGUGCAUAAAUAAAAAAGAAUUGUUUUUCAUAAAUUCAUCUCCUUUUCUCAUUUGUGUACAUUAAUAAAUUUAUAGUAUCUAUUAAUCUGAGUCACUUUGGAGUCUCAUUUACUUUGUUUUCAGUGAUAUUAGCAAACUUGUUCUAAAUGUUGUCUGGUAGUAACCAUAGAGGAAUUUAUUAGACCUUGUGAGUUGUAGUAGUUAUUCGUUAUGUUUUGUCUUCAUGGCAGUUUUACUUGUAUACUUUACCUUGUGAUUCAUUUUAUAAUCAUCGUAAUUUCUCCUUGCUGUUAUGUUGUUACUUAAGUUUUUAUAUCCACAAUAUGUAUUUAGAGAUUUGUCGAUAAGCAGAAGGACAUGAUCUAUUACCCAAUAGUGUGUGUGUCAUCUCAUACCUAGUUUUUGGAAAGCUUAUCAGGUUCUCGGUAAGUGUUCCAGACUGUUUUUAUUUAGUUGUGGUUGGAAUUUGUGACGUGUUUAGUGAGAGGUUUGUAAAUUUAUGUGAACGCUAUUGUUAAAUACUUGGAGUAUACAGAGGUGCAUUAAUUUGACUUGAAACAUUAGCUUCUUGUAGUGUUUUGAAGGUAGGAUUUUUUAUAUAUGCCAUAAAGAAAUAGGUUAUGGUAUUGUAUUACAUUUAUAUACAAGAAUGUUUAUAUUUUUCAUAUUCACUUUUCUCUCCAGCAUGAAAACGAUACUAUUUAGGGUUUAAACACUGUUCCAGAUUUAGGAGUGGGAGUAUUAACAAAUUGUAAAAUCCCUUUUCUUACAUAUUGGGAAGCACAGAAAACUAAUAUUCAUAUAUUUUUUUUUUUUAGGAAAUGUAUUUGCAUUCAAUUACUGGGCAAUCUUUUUCAUUGAGAGAUAGAAGGAAUAUUUGGUAAGGUUUAGAAAAAGAAGAUGCAGAAAAGAAACAUAAAUUGGAAUGAAGUGCCUAUAUGUGUCUUGUGUUCUUCAUAUUUUCUUCAUAACUGCAUCAUUAUUAAGAUUUUACCUGUUAUAGAAUUGGCAAAAUAGAUAUAUUAAUACACUGUAUGGUAAACAUUGGCUGACAGGAAAUGGAACUUCCUAGCAGAUAGUGAUCUGACAAUAAUGGAGUGCUAUUGGUUUUAGGUUUUGUUAGUACAUCAUAUUAUUUUCCAUUGCAUAUGGGCAUUGCUACGGAAUCCAAGAUGAACCUUUUCUAUACAAAAUUUAGGUCUGUGGUUGGAAACAUAUGAAACUGUUAACUUUGAGAUGGCACAUGGAGUUUGAUGUAUGCUUCAGACUUGGGAUUAUUUAUAUUCAUAAAUCAGAUCAGAUAAUUUUAUGCAUAGAAUUUACAAUCACCCAAAAAAACAAGGAACAGAUGAUAAAGCAUAGUUAGCCGAGAUGAAAGCAAUCCAAAUACUUUAUCACUGUACAAAGCAUUUUUCUGAGUGGUGCAUGGCUUUGUUUCUAUCUUGCUCUUUUUCACAGAAUAUCGAUGCAAAAGGACUCGACUGGCACAACCUUAUUAAAACCUGAUCCCCAGUUUCUUUCAUUCGAGUAUUUUGUUGAAUAUAUACAGGAUAAGUUAUUUUGUAUUCUGCCAUUACUUUUUUGUAUAUUAUUCUGAUUCCUAGAAUAUAUCAAAAUUACCAGUGUUACAGCUUUAUUGGUGAUAAAAAUGGUAUUAUGUAAAUGAUAUGUCUCAUCCUUGAAGUAAUGUAUUUUCAUCAUUGUGAUAAAUAUGUAUGAUACUGGUUUUGAUUAGAUACAUGUAUAUUUUAUGCAAAGAAAAGAAAUGUAAUAA